AGAGGAAAAAAAAAAACCAAACAACCAACCGAGAAAAAAAACCAACCAACCAACCAACCCAGAAAGACAGAGCCGAGGGCGGCGGAGCGGUGCGCGGCGGGGCCGCGGCCGCGGAGCGGAGCGGUGGAGCGGCGGGUGCCCGCGGAGGCGCGGCGGCGGCGGCGGCCCCAUGCCCGGCGCCCAGCGGCGCCCAUCGCGGCGGGCGGGAGCCAGCGUCGCCGCCUGAGCCCCGAUGCCCGGCGGCGGGAGCGGGGCGCGGAGCCGGAGGUGACCGGGCGGCCAGGGCAGCAGCCCCGCGCCGCGGGACGCCGCGGACGGGAGAGGAGCGGGAGCGGCCGCCCCAUGCCCCGCGGGGACGGCGCCGCGGGGGGCAGCCGGGCCGCUCGGGUCUAGCCCCAGGGGCCGGUCGGAGGAGCGGCGGGAGGGGGGGCGCGGGGGGAACCCGCCGCCCCGCCGGGUGCGGGCGGGAGGCCCCGCCGCCGCGCCCGCUCCGCCGAGCGGGGAUGACCCUGUCGGGCGGCGGCAGCGCCGGCGACAUGUCCGGCCCCGCCGUCCCGGCGGCCGAGGAUGUGGAUAUCGACGUGGUGGGCGAAGGCGACGACGGGCCGGGCAAGGAGAGCGACGGCGAGGCCGGCAGCCCCGCCGCCCUGCCGCGCCUGCCGCUGGACGAGGCGGCGGAGCCGGCGCUGCCCGCGGAGGCGGGCGCGGAGAGCGGCGGCGGCGGCGGCGGCGGCGGCGGCAGCCCGGCCGAGGCGGCCCCCGGCGGCGCGGCCGAGGGCGGCAAGGGGGGCGGCGAGGAGGGGGCGAGCGGCGGCGGCGGCGGCGGCGGCGGGGCGACGGCGGCGGCGGCGGCGGCGGCGGGGCAGAGCAAGCCCAAGAGCAGCCUGGUGAAGCCGCCCUACUCCUACAUCGCCCUCAUCACCAUGGCCAUCCUGCAGAGCCCGCAGAAGAAGCUGACGCUCAGCGGCAUCUGCGAGUUCAUCAGCAACCGCUUCCCCUACUACCGGGAGAAGUUCCCCGCCUGGCAGAACAGCAUCCGCCACAACCUCUCCCUCAACGACUGCUUCGUCAAGAUCCCCCGGGAGCCCGGCAACCCGGGCAAGGGCAACUACUGGACGCUGGACCCGCAGUCCGAGGACAUGUUCGACAACGGCAGCUUCCUCCGCCGCAGGAAGCGCUUCAAGCGGCACCAGCAGGAGCACCUGCGGGACCAGACGGCGCUGAUGAUGCAGGGCUUCGGCGCCUACGGCCUGGCCGGCCCCUACGGCCGCCCCUACGGGCUGCACCCCGGCGCCUACACCCACCCGGCGGCCGCCGCCGCCGCGCUGCAGUACCCCUACAUCCCCCCGGUGGGGCCCAUGCUGCCGCCCGCCGUGCCGCUGCUGCCGUCCGGCGAGCUCGGCCGCAAAGCCUUCAACUCCCAGCUCAGCCCCGGCCUCCAGCUGCAGCUCAACAGCCUGGGAGCCGCCGGCUCCAUCGUCAAGUCCGAGCCCAGCAGCCGCCCCUCCUUCAGCAUCGAGAACAUCAUCGGCGUCCCGGCCGCCAGCUCGGCCGCCGGCGCCCAGACUUUCCUGCGGCCGCCCGUCACCGUGCAGUCCGCCCUCAUGGCCCACCAGCCCCUGGCGCUGGCCAGGACCACCGCCGCCAUCGCCCCCAUCCUCAGCGUGCCUACCAACAUCAUCGCGGGCCAGUUCCUGCAGCCCGCCGCCCCCGCCGCCGCCGCCGCCGUGCAGGCCAAGUGGCCGGCGCAGUAGCCCCCGGCCGGCGGUAGGUAGCCCCCGGCCGGCGGUAGGUAGCCCCCGGCCGGUGGGUUCCUGCAGCCCCGCCGCCGGCCGCCCCCUCGGGGCUCUGUGUGUGUGUUUGGCGGGGGGGGGGGGGGUGGGUUGCGGGGGUCCGCGGCCGCCCCGCUCGGGCUCCGGAGCCGGCGUCGGGCCCCCCCCCCCCCCCCCCAACCGCCACCGCGGCUUGUACAUAUUUGUAUCAAAAAUCACUGACGUUGCUUUCGGGGUUUUUAUUUUUCUAAAGAGGCGAAAUGACGGUCGCGAUUAGGAGCUGCGAACUUUCACUUUUUUUGAAGGUUCCGGCGCUCCGAGCGGUUUUAUCCGAAAUAAACGAACAAACGAGGAAAAAGAAAAAACAAACAAAAAAAUGUAUACAAAAAAGAAAAACAAUAAGCGGGGGAAAUUUUAAAUAUUAAACGAACGAACGACAACAACAACAAAAAAGAAUUUUGGAGGAAAAAAAAACCCACAGAGGAGGAAAACGCUGUCACUCUAUUAUAGAAGUCUGUUUAUAUAUGAAUGAAUAUAUGUAUUCUAAAUGUUAUCCCUUCGUGUUGUACACAACUUUGUAAAUAAAUUUUUAAAAUGCUC